AUGAUGAUUGCAGCGAGCCGGCUGGUCGUGCUGCUCAUUGCAGCCCUCCUGACGUCCUUCGGCAUUCAUCUCGCCCGUACGCUACCGGUCUAUCGUUUCUACCUGCCCGAAGCGCCGAUAGCACUGGCGCACGUCGAGCCAUCAUUCCCGGACUCGAGACCCAUCGGUGGCGCCGUGCCUCUCGACCAACGAUGCACGCUCUACGACCGCCUCCCCGCUCCGCGUCGCCUGCCCGCCACCUCGCCAGGAUUCCGAGCGGCGAUAGGCUCCUUCGAAUCGAUCGGGUCAGACGCGCACCAGUGUCGGACGUACCGCGAUCGGUUCGCCGCGUACACCGACGAGGCGCUCGGCAUCGACUACUUCAAGACGGCCCAGGAUCGGCUCGGGCUGCCGCAGCACGGGCGCGGCGAGCGGUCAGAGGCGUGGUACCGCGAUCGGCUGUGGUACGCCAACCUGCUCGCUGAAUCCGACCAGGACAGGCCCAGGCGCUCGUACAUCGAUUGGGCCGAGACGGUCCGGGCGUGUACCGCCGACGGCGACGGGCCGAGGCGAGGAAAGAUGGCCUUCGUUCUUCGCUCCUACCAGGGCUUCGUAUGGACCGAAGACGCCAUCCUCAACGUCCGCGCCCUCAUCUCGGAACUCUCGCUGCGCUCCCGAUCCAGGACUACGAGGCAGGGGCCGGGGCCGUCGCAGCGGCCGGGACAGAAGGUCGACAUCCACAUCCUGGUCGAGAUCAAGGACGCACGGUCCGCCGGGGCGCUCACGUCCGACGCGGCGCGGCGCAAGGUGCUCCGUUCAAGCGUGCCCAUCGAGUUCUGGUCCCUCGCCACGCUGUGGAGCGAGGCCGAGAUGGUGCAGCACUACCCGGACCUCGCCGGCGACUUUCGCGACGGCAUCUCGGCCCAGUCGUCGUACCGCGGCUGCACGAUGGCCCUCCAGGUGUUUGCGAGGCGGCACAGGGAGUACGACCGCUUGGUCAACUGGGAGAUGGACACGCGCUUCACCGGCGAUUACGCCCGGUUGCUCGAGAGCGUGCAGGCGUUUGCCUUCGAGCAAGAGGGCUACGACCCCACCGUCGACGACACCUACACACGGUGGAACGUCUCUGGUCUGCAGCGCCGGGGGCAGGCAUCGCGGUCGGCCGCCUCCGAGGCGACCUCGGACCGCUGCGAGCGAAGGCAAGCCGACCUGAUCACCUUCACGCCGCUCUUUGACCCCCGCGGAUCCGGGUGGUACUGGGAGUACGACAUCCAGAACUACCGCGGUGGCGUCUCGACACCCCGCGCGGCGUCGGUGGGUACGAACAUGGUGCUGAGUCGACGCCUGCUCGAUGCCAUGGACUAUACGAACCGCGAGCGGGCGCGGUCCCUCUUCUGCGAGGCGUACGCACCCACCGUCGCACUGCACUCGCUCCUCGCCCUGUCCAGGACUGCACGUAGGCAAGGACGGCUGGACGAGUCGGUGGAACGCGACUACCGUACCAUGGCAUCGAUUUGGAACUCGACGGCAACGCCAUCGCCCACCGCCGCUGCCGACGACGACGACGACGACGACGACGACGGGGCAGGACGACAGUGCCACUACCUCAAGGCCGUCUCGGUGCCGCAUCCGAUCCUGUUUCGGUACGACGCGAGCGCGGAGCGGGUCGAGGGAUGGAUCAAUCCGAUUCGGCAGCCCUACUCGAAACGCCACGAGUCGGCGCUGCGCGACACCAGCUUCUACUAUACCUCGUCGGUCGCGGCGUCUCUAUACCGCGAGUGGGCGCGCGGCGGCGACGAGGGCGACGGCGACGGCGAGGGCGAGGGAUGUGCCCCCCACCUCUUGCUCCAUCCCGUCAAGGGUGAGUUUGCGGAUUGA